CACCACGCAAGUCACAUAAGUAGGCGCUUCAUAUCACUGUAAGUUGUUGAUGGUGGAGGCUUUCUUCAUCGCGCAGUUUCAGCGAUGUUUAUCCCUACUUUAGAGGAAGACAUGCACCAUUUUAAACCGAAUCGACACAGGCACUACACAACGAGAUGCUGUGGGUGUUGCCAUGUCAGGACGGGAACCAUAAUUCUCGGCACUUGGUACAUGGUGGUGAACCUGUUGAUGGGCAUCCUGCUGACUGUGGCUGUGACCCACCCAGAGAACGUGCCCACUGUGGACCUGCAGUAUGAGGUUAUCCAGCACUACUUUAGCCACACCCUCCAAGGGGAGGGGAAUGCCUUAAAGGAGAAUGCCUGUGUGGGAUUCGUCAUCUCUCUGCUGAUGCUCACUAUCAGCGCCAUGAUGGUCUAUGGAGCCAUUACUCAUCGUGACGGCUGGCUCAUCCCGUUCUUCUGCUACCAGCUCUUUGACUUUGCUCUGAGUUGUCUGGUGGCCAUCAGCUCCCUCACCUACCUGCCCCGGAUCAAGGACUACAUGACAGACCUGCCGGACUUCCCCUACAAGGACAACCUGCUCUCCAUGGACUCCAGCUGCCUGCUGCUCUUCGUCCUCGUGUUCUUCACCUUCCUCAUCAUCAUGAAGGCUUACCUGAUCAACAGUGUGUGGAACUGCUACAAGUACAUCAACAACAGGAACGUGCAGGAGAGCGCCGUCUACCCUGCCUUCACGGCCCCUCCCCAGUACAUCCUGCCCACCUAUGAGAUGGCAAUGAAGAUGCCAGAGAAGGAGCCCCCUCCCCCCUACAUGCCCGCCUGAAGACCCUGUGCCACCCCCAUCUAGAUGUGUGUGUGGCCACCCACAGCUCGUCAUUUUAACCCCUCCAUAUAUUUCUAGAGAGGAGGGAUACUCUUUUUUUUAAAAGUCCCUCUAACAUUCAAACCCGACCCCCGGUAAUAUUGUAGUGAAAGGAGAGUGGAGGGGCAGUUCAAGUAGUCUGCCAUUGGAUGCCGUGUAGUGUAUAAAGCGAUGACUUUUCUUUCCUUUUCUCGCCCCGUCUUUUGAUGUCUUAAUAAAAAAAAAAGGGAUAUUGUGAAAGUACCAUCGCUUCAAUGCCUUUCACCAGUCCAGCUUUAGAAAAAAACAUAAUUCUUUCCUAAUAGAUAUAACGCGUGAAUGUAAAAAGGAAAACUCUUAAGACAAUCCACUUAUGAUAACUCUUAUCUUUAUUGUUGAAUUGUGUUUUUUGUUUAACAUAAUCUAGAUUUUAUUCUGUCUAAGAGUUUGAUGGGGACGUUUGUAGCUCUUUCUCCUUUUAUAUAUUUGGCCUUAAUGUCCAUCCGCCACUGUUCCGUGUUCAUUCUCCGCUGCCUUUGUGACCUUGCGUUGUUAGCUUAGUCAAGCUAGUGACUUGUGUUGCAGUUCGACGCGUCCAGACACUGCUGGUUAAAGGGAAAGUACACCAACAUUUGGCAGAUGUUUUCAGACCUCAAAAUUAGUCUAAUGUCGAGAUGAAAUAAUAAGACUUCUUAACAAAAGUCCACUUUGGAGGUCUGAACAUCAGACAAACUUUGGUUUUGGAGUGCACUGUCCCUUUAAGGAGAGCGUAAGGCUCACCUGAAACCUGUAGGGAAGGAACAGCUAGUGUAAACAGCACUGGAUGCUCUACUCUUUCUUUCUGCCUUUUUCUUUACAUUGUGUUUUGAUCCUUGUGGGAAACAAAUGGCCUCAAUAAACCAUUCAAAAACA